CAGUUGCAACUUGCAAGUGUGGAACAAUGAAAGGAACGAGACUUUCGAAGUAGCAGAUGACUCCCCAAACUUCAUUUUCUCUCUCAUGUCGAAAACCCUUCUCUCCCGCAUCAAACCUCGACACAACCCCAAACCCAGUUCUUCCCCUUACUUCCCCUGCAAACCCCACAUCAAGCGACUCGUCAACGAACUCUGUGACAUCCUCAAAACCCACCACCACAAUCAAUGGCAAGACACCCUCGAAACCCGCCUCUCCGAAGAAGAAAUCGUCCCAUCUGACAUUGCCCAUUUGGUGCUCGACCGUAUUCGCGACCCCGAAUUGGGUUUGAAGUUCUUUGAUUGGGUCACUCAACGCCCAUACGGUUGUUCUCUUGAUGGGUUUGCUCAUUCUUCUCUUCUUAAGCUCUUGGCCAGCUCUAGAGUGUUUUCAGAGAUUGAGACUGUGUUGGAGAGUAUGAAAGUUGAAGACAAGUUACCGACUCGGGAAGCUUUGGAUGCUGUAAUUCGAGCAUAUUCGGAUUCUGGGUUAGUCGAUAAAGCCCUUGAAAUUUAUACUACUGUGCUUAGUACUUCUAAUUCUGUUCCAAGUGUGCUUGCUUGCAAUUCUUUGCUUAAUGCGCUUGUAAAAGAGGGUCGAAUUGAAAUUGCACGCCGGGUAUAUGAUGAAAUGUUUGAAAGAGUUGAGGAUGGUUAUCUAGAUAAUUAUAGUACUUGUAUAGUGGUGAGAGGUUUGUGUAAGGAAGGGAAGGUUGAGGAAGGUAGAAAAUUGAUUGAGGAUAGGUGGGGAGAGAGUUGUAUACCUAAUAUUAUCUUUUACAAUACUCUCAUUGAUGGGUAUUGCAGGAAAGGCAAUAUCGAAAGGGCUUAUGGGCUUUUUAAGGAGUUGAAAUUGAAGGGUUUUUUGCCUGCGGUUGAGACUUACGGUGCAAUGAUCAAUGGGUUUUGCAAACAGCAGAAUUUUGAGGUAAUCGAUAGGCUUUUGAUGGAAAUGAAUGCAAGGGGUGUAAGUGUUAAUGUUCAAGUGUAUAAUAAUGUUAUUGAUGCUCGAUACAGGCAUGGUUGUGCGGUGAUGGCGAUUGAGACUACAAAAAAGAUGAUUGAUAGUGGUUGUGAGCCAGAUAUUGUGACAUAUAAUAUUUUGAUUUAUGGUUCAUGUACGGAAGGGAAGGUUCGGGAAGCUGAACAACUUCUAGAGCAGGCGACAAGAAGGGGAUUGAUGCCCAAUAAAUUCAGUUAUACUCCUCUCAUACAUGUCUAUUGCAGACAAGGGGAAUUCGUUAGGGCUUCAGAAAUGCUAAUCAAGAUGACAGAAAGAGGAGAUAACCCUGAUGUGAUGACUUACGGAGCUCUUGUCCAUGGGCUUGUUGCUGCAGGUGAAGUAGAUGUUGCAUUGGCAUUUCGUGAAAAAAUGGUGGAAAGAGGAGUAAUGCCUGAUGCUGGUAUUUACAAUGUUUUGAUGAAUGGAUUUUGUAAGAAAGGGAGGCUUCCUGUCGCUAAACAGCUACUUUCUGAGAUGCUUGAUCAAAACGUGAUGCCCGAUGCAUUUGUUUAUGCCACUCUAGUAGAUGGGCUCAUUAGAAAUGGUGACCUUGAUGAGGCUAAAAAACUCUUUGAGCUCACAAUUGAAAAGGGUAUGGAUCCAGGUGUUGUGGGGUACAAUACCAUGAUUAAGGGCUAUUGCAAAUUUGGAAUGAUGAAGGAUGCAGUGUUGUGCAUCGAUAGAAUGAUAAAAAGGCAUAUUUCUCCUGAUGAAUUUACUUAUUCUACAAUCAUAGAUGGAUAUGUAAAGCAGCUUGACUUGGAAGGUGCACUAAGUAUGUUUAGCCAAAUGGUGAAACGAAAAUGCAAACCAAAUGUUGUUACAUACACCUCUGUGAUCAACGGAUUCUGCCGCAAGGGAGACUCCCAUGGAGCUCAAAAUGUUUUCAUAGAGAUGCAAUCUCGUGGUUUAGUUCCUAAUGUUGUCACGUACAGUGUACUAAUAGGAAGCUUUUGUAAGGUGGGUAAACUUGCAAAAGCUGCCUCUUUCUUCGAACAAAUGUUGAUGAACAAGUGCAUUCCCAAUGAUGUUACAUUCCAUUAUCUGGUAAAUGGAUUCUCGAAUAAUGGACAUUGUAUGAACUAUAAGAAGGGAAAUGAACCUUGUGAACACGAGUCAUCUAUGUUUUUGAACGUUUUUGGAAUGAUGAUAUCGGAUGGAUGGGUUCCAACAAUUGCUGCAUACAGUUCUAUCCUUGUUUGCCUUUGCCUACAUGGAAUGCUCAAAACCGCUUUGCAGUUGAGUGAUAAGAUGGUUAGUAAAGGUUGCGUUUCAGAUUCUGUUACUUUUGCUGCUCUACUACAUGGUGUUUGCCUGGAGGGACGAUCAAAGGAAUGGAAGAGCAUUAUAUCCUGCAAUUUAAAUGAACAGGAGCUACUUAUUGCUGUAAAAUAUUCAGUGAUACUAGACCAAUACCUACCUAAAGGAGUGAUGUCAGAGGCUUCACAAAUUUUGCAGACCUUGGUUGAAGAAUAUAGGUCUCAUAACAAAGAAAUAAAAGGUUUCGGUAAGUUAAGGUAAAGGGGAAACACUGAAGACCUGACCUGUCAUCUUCUAGGAACAAGAGAAUUCUACGUCACCUGACAACUGAUUGGCAUCUUAUAAUGGGCUGCCGUGACAAAUCAGUUUCUGCACUAUUAUAAGAAUUUGGGAUUCUUGUUAUAGAGUUGUAAGUGAACCCAUCAGAAAUACUUCAGAAUUCUCUAUUUGCUGGCCAUUUGUCGUUGUAAAUUUUCAUCAUAAUCCUGUGGAAAAAUUAAUGGAUGUUCAACACCAUUCAGAGGAAAUUAAAAUUGUACACCUACAUAUCCAUGUUAGCUGUAAGUUUGAAUGUAAUGAAGCGAUAAAGGCGUCUCAAAUAUGCCAAACCAGAAGUGCUUUGCUGAAGAGGUUAUACAAUACA